AUGGCACAACAACAUCGAGAGAAUAUUUUGUAAGUUUGAUUUAAACUGAAAAUUAAUAUAAUAUCGAGAGUUUUGUUUAUGUAAUUCAUUUCUAUAUUUUCAGGAGAAAUCAAUUCAUUUCCGAUCUCGAGAAUGACGAACUCAAUCGCCAGCUUUGCGCCGUGGACACAUUUUCUUGGUCGCCAGAGACGCAAGAGCAAAUUCUGUCUGAAUGGGAUGACUGGCGACGAGACGAAAACGCUGGACAUAGCUGUGAUGAAUGUGGCAAAACGUUUACACGUUCGGACAACCUCAACCGGCAUAUGAAAACUCACAGUGACAAAGAUCAUGAGUGCUCGCGUUGUCAUAAAACGUUUAAUCGGAAGGUACGUAAUUUACAGGGAUAUAUCUCAAAACUUAGAAAAGUAUUUUGAGUUAAUAAUGUCUAUUUAUAUUAUUUCAAGGAUGCUUUCCAGAGACGCAAGAGCAAAUUCUGUCUGAAUGGGAUGACUGGCGACGAGACGAAAACGCUGGACAUAGCUGUGAUGAAUGUGGCAAAACGUUUACACGUUCGGACAACCUCAACCGGCAUAUGAAAACUCACAGUGACAAAGAUCAUGAGCACGAGUGUUCGCGUUGCCACAAAAAGUUUAAUCGAAAGGUACGUAAUUUACAGGGAUAUAUUUCAAAUCGUAGUAAGGUAUUUCAAGUUAAUAAUAUCUAUUUAUAUUAAUUCAAGGAUGACUUGAACCGACAUAUGAAAACUCACAGUGACAAAGACCAUAAGUGCUCGCGUUGUGUCAUAAAACGUUUAAUCGGAAGGUACGUAAUUUACAGGGAUAUAUCUCAAAACUUAGAAAAGUAUUUUGAGUUAAUAAUGUCUAUUUAUAUUAUUUCAAGGAUGCUUUGAACCGACAUAUGAAAACUCACAGUCACAAAGACCACGAGUGUUCGCGUUGCGCACGAGCGCCGUGGCGCGGAACGGGAAUAUACUUGUAAUGUAUGUGGUGAAGUAUUCCGAAAUAUAUUUCCAUUCCAAGCCCAUCAACGCGAAGUCCACCAAGUUGGCCGUGGGAAACGUACCAAGACGCCGACCGGGCGAACAAAAAGGCAAAGAACUGAUGAACCAGGUAUGUAUAGAUGAAAAUAUUUCGAUUACUAACUUUGUAUUUAUACACAUAUAUUUUUUCUUUUAAGAACCGCCAUCAUCUUCGACACGCGUUAACGAAGGUAAGAGAGUAUAUAUGCUGUGUAAUAAUUUGAGUUAAAAUCACACUAAUACAUUUUUCUCCUUUUCAGGGGCGUCUACGUCUACAGUCGUCAACGAAGGUAUGAAAUUCAAUUUUUAUAUCGUAUAUAGUAUAUUGAUUGUGGUGAUUUGAUGUGUAUAUUGACAAUGUUAAUUACUCGGUUUUAAAACAUUGCCAGGCGAAAGACUUUGAGAUCCUAACGUUCACAUUUGAAAAAUAUUUUCAUGUUGUUUCACUGAUGUUUGUGUUUUCAAAACCUGAUAAAAAUACUCGAGUAAUUUUUAUAGCGUGGGUUUAUCAUGUUGCUAUGUGAAAUUUGUAUGUUUCUAAUUAUUCAUGUUAGACUUGUGUUCAUUUGAUUUAUUAAUUUAUGUCAUUGUAUGGGUAUUUACGCUACAUCAUUUUUUUGUAACAUUUGCUAGCGUUUUAUAGUGAGGUAAAAGCCAGGCGAAAGACUUUGAGAUCCUAACGUUCACAUUUGAAAAAUAUUUUCAUGUUGUUUCACUGAUGUUUGUGUUUUCAAAACCUGAUAAAAAUACUCGAGUAAUUUUUAUAGCGUGGGUUUAUCAUGUUGCUAUGUGAAAUUUGUAUGUUACUAAUUUAUUCAUGUUAGACUUAUGUCGAUUUUUUAUGAAUCGGGUGUUUGUAUGAAAAAAUUAGUGCGAAGCUCUAGACAAAAAUAAAGAAUCGGGUGUUAUUUCUAUAGGACCCCAACCGUUCCCUCAAGAUCCCCUAUUACCCCCAUCUAACCUGCCUUCCCAACUUCACCGAGAUCAUUGGCGUGCUAUACGCACGCGACAGAGUCGAGACAACCGAGUGCAAGAUUGGUACAACUAUCGUCUAAGCUCAGCGAAUAUGGGUCAACUUGUCAACGAUAUAGACCGUAUAUUUGAAGAUCAAACCACGGUCUUUAAGUUAAAUCUAUCUUUUGGUUUCGUAUUGUUUAAUAACGAGACGCAACAAAUGCAAUACCACCACCCCUCAGCAAACAACAACCGUGUUUUCGACUCCCCAUUCCAGAUCCAUAAUCGCGAGGAUUUGGUCCAAGUGCGUACAGCGUUGGAAAACAUCGACAUUCAUGAAUGGGCUCGACAACAGCGUCCCAACUCCAAAUGGAUUGUCAUGGAUUUCACCAACGUUACCUUCUACGUCACCAAACUUCGAGACCAUCCCAUAGGUCGUAGUGUCCGACUACCCAAAUACAUACUGGAUAAUCCUGUUAUUGUGUCGCUCGACUGUGAUAAAAACACUGGCUUGCCAUACGAAGACAAACUAUGCUUCUUUCGUUGUUUGGUCCUACACCGUGGAUGUCAUUCCAAAAAUUUAGAACGUGAUACUAAGCAUUUCUACGAACAGUAUUCUGACGCUGAGGAAUUCGAUGGUGUUACCCUAGAGGAACUACCUGAACUGGAAAAGUUAUUCGAGUUAAACAUUUACGUGUAUCGCCUUACAGAGCUACACGACGAGGACGAAGACAAGACCUCCAUUGUGGCUCAACUGAUACAGCGCUCCCACCGUAGAUAUGCCAGUUCGAUGUAUCUGAACCUCUACGGUAGUCACUUCAGCUACAUUAAGAAUUUGGCCAUGUAUUCCAAGUCCUACUGUUGUUGCAAAUGUGACAAAAUGUGGAAAACGGCCAAAGCCUUGAACAAGCACGAGCGAACCUGUGAUGGAACUAUACGUCACAUCUUCCCUGGUGGUGCCUACAAAGUUCCACAAUCUAUCUUCGACUUGUUGGCCGAUGAAGGAAUCGAGAUCCCUGAAGACCUCAAGUACUUCCCUUAUCGCGCCACCUUCGACUUUGAAUGUUAUUUUAAACAUACAUCUAACCAUUCAAGAAACACCGAAAAACUCACGUGGCAAGCCGAACAUAUUCCGUUGAGUGUCUCUGUAUGUUCGAACGUCCCUGGCUACACCGAACCCAAGUGCUUUGUUUCCUCUGGUGACACGAGUAAAAUGAUCCAAGAAUUCGUGGAAUAUUUGGUAAAAAUUAGUCAAGAAAGUUAUGUCUUGUUGUUGGAUCUGUUUGCGGAUGUGUUUCGUCAAAUUGAGGAACGAGUUAAUCAGGUAUAAUUUACACGUAUUAGAUUGUUAGUAUACUUCUUAUCCUUAAUAUUUUUUCUUAUAUCUUUAGGUGGGGGAAAACGCUGAGAUUAUGGAAGUUGCCGCGGGGGAGGAUAAUGAGGUAAAUUAUAGGAAGGUUAUUUUUGCACUUAUAUUCUUUAUAUUCUAAUAUAUCUUAUGUUUUAGCAAAAUACAGAGGAACAGAUGAUAGAGGAAAUGGUGGGAUGUCUGAUGGGGCUGAAUAGUGAGGUAAACUAUAUAUUUGAUCUAUUAGAUGUUUAUAAUAUGUGUACUUAUUAUGCUGUAUAUUUUCAAGAGAGGGAAGUAAGUGAUGGCGAAGUGGUUGGGGACGAAGUGAAUGAGUCCGAAGCAGAAAAAACCCACCCACUGGAAAAGUUGGUCGAGAAGUUGGAACUUUACUUGAUGGAACUUCCUGUGAUCGGCUUCAACUGGGGCAAGUACGAUAUAAAUGCUGCUAAGAACCCAUUCUUCUCUUACCUAUUGAAACACGAGCAAGUUAAGUUUGUGAUAGAGAGAAACAAUAACCACAUGUGUCUUAAGACGCAACACUUAAAGUUUCUCGAUAUCACAAACUACUUGGCCCCCGGUUUCAGUUACGAACAGUUCCUCAAGGCUUACGAGUGUUCCCAGACAAAAGGCUACUUCCCUUACGAGUGGGUUGAUUCCCUUGGAAAGUUGAACAACCCAACCCUACCACCACGCGAAACGUUCCAUUCCAAUCUGUCCGGAACCGAUAUCACCGAGGAUCAGUACCGGUAUUGCGAGCGUGUAUGGAACGAACAGAAUAUGACAACUUUCCGUGACUUUCUCGUGUGGUACAAUAACUUAGAUGUCGUACCUUUCCUCGAGGCUGUCCAGAAAAUGAGUAAUUUUUGGCAAGAAAGAAACAUUGACAUGUUUAAGGAUGGAGUAAGUGUGCCUGGCUUAACUAUGAAAUACUUGUUUUCAAACAUUCCAGGCACCUACUUCUCCUUGUUCAGCGACAAGGACAAGGAUAUGUACUAUACCAUGAAAGACAAUAACGUAGGGGGCCCAAGUAUUAUCUUUAACAGGUACCAUGAGAAAGGGAAAACAUCGAUACGGAAGGAAGAAAUGCGAGCCAAAGGAAAAGAAUCGAAACCCUGCAAAAAUGUGGUUGGAUACGAUGCCAAUGCACUGUACCUCUGGGCCAUCAUGCAGAAUAUGCCGACGGGGCAGUACACAAGACGGUUAGAGGAAGAUGGGUUCAAGAUAAGAUGGAGUGGAAAAAUGGCAAUAGAGUGGUUGGAGUGGGAAGCGUACCAGCGGAGAAUACAGAUCAGACACGAGUACAACAACGCGGAGAAACGAAUUGGCGCUCGUCGUCUCCCCGUUGACGGUUUCCACGCUGAAUCACAAACGGUGUUCCAGUUUCAUGGUAAGUUGAAAUUAGUUAAUAUUAAUUAGCUAGGAUUAAGUUAAUUGUGUGGGAGUGAGCUAAUGAGUUUUUAGCGAUUGCGUGGGCUUGCAGGAUAAUUUAUUUUUCUUUUGUAGGUUUAACUGUAUUGUAUUUUAUUCUACUAGGAUGUUAUUGGCAUGGCCACAACUGCCAACUUAACGAAGGUAAAGAAGUCAACGAGAAGCGUGAUAAGCCCAUGAAAGAACUCCUUGAAGAGACAAAAAGAAACAGUGCCUAUAUCACGAAGCAGGGAUUCAAUCUCGUUGAAUGUUGGGAAUGUGAGUGGCGAGAUAUGAAGAAACGAAACAGCGCGCUGCAACGAUUCAUCGCCACCCAUCUGCGUCGACCACUGGAUAAAGUGAAAACGAUGACAACUCGGUCCAUUAUCAACGCAGUGAAGAAUGAUAAACUAUUUGGAUGUGUGGAGUGUGAUAUCCACGUACCUGAGAGUUUGCGAAAAUACUUCAAAGAGAUGUGCCCCAUCUUCAAGAAUACCGAAAUACGUCGAGAAGACAUCGGUGAGUUCAUGAAGAGCUAUGCCGAAGAAAACAACAUCAUGCCCCGACCUCGGCGGAGUCUCAUUGGAAGUAUGAUCGGAAAGAAGAUAAUGUUGGCAACGCCUCUUCUAAAAUGGUAUUUAGAACAUGGUUUAGAGGUACGUUUUAAAUAUUAAAAACUUGUAAAAUUGCAGGAGAAAUUUUUUUAACAAAUUGUAUUAUCGUUUUAGGUAACACACGUCUACCAGAUAGUCGAGUAUACCCCUAAGCCAUGCUUCAAACCUUUCGGUGACGCUGUAUCGGAUGCUCGUCGUGCUGGUGAUGCAGACCCCUCCAAAGCCAUCAUCGCGGACACGAUGAAAUUGUCGGGAAUAGGUGAGUUUUAAAAUCACGCUGUUGUGACGUAUUCAAGAAAUACUCAUUUUUUUGUAUUUCUAUACAGCUCAUACGGGAAGACCAUCACCAACAAAGAGCGUCAUCGCAAGGUGGAUUACUGCAACGAUGAUGAGGUUUCUGAAUUAAUCAACUCACCAUUCUACCGCCACGUGAACGUGAUCGACGAUGACACCUACGAAGUGGAAAGUGCUAAGAAGAAAAUUAAGUUGGACUUACCACUACAGGUAUGUAUUGCAUGAUCAUUUUGUCAUUAGAAAUAUAAAUUAAUAAAUUAUUCUUAUUUUACAGGUGGGGUUCUUCGUGUACCAGUAUGCGAAACUCCGAAUGUUACAGUUUUACUACGACUGCUUAGAUACAUACCUUGACCGUUCCGAUUAUGAGUAUUGCGAGAUGGAUACAGACAGUGCCUAUAUCGCUAUUAGUGGUGAAAGUGUUGAAGAAUUGGUCAAGCCUGGUUUAAGAGAGGCGUUUGAGAACGAUAAAUGUAACUGGUUUCCUCGUUCCGAUACAACUGAACAUGCGAAAUACGACAGGAGAAAGCCGGGAUUGUUUAAAGUGGAAUGGGAAGAGGAAGGAAUUGUAUCUUUAUGUAGUAAGACGUAUUAUUGUUUUGGGGAGAAAGAUAAGUAUAGUUGCAAGGGUGUAAAUAAGAAAAAUAAUGUAAUUAAUAAAGAUAAAUAUUUAGAUGUGAUUUUUAGUAAACGUAGUGGGUCGGCUGUAAAUAGGAGUUUUAGGGUUUUAAAUAAUACUAUGUGUACAUAUGUUCAAGUUAAGAACGCUUUUAGUUAUUUUUAUUCAAAACGUAAAGUUUUGGAGGACGGCGUCUCCACUAUUCCAUUAGAUAUUUAGUUUGUAAAUAGUCAAUAUAUAUAUUUUUCAAAACAUACUGUGUAUUUCUCUCUCCCCCUCCCCCAUGCAGAG